AUGCUCAAUGAUCAAUUUAAAAUAAAGAAUCUUGGUAAUCUAUCUUACUUUCUGGGUUUUGAGGUUGCUAGAAGCAAAGAAGGCAUCCUUCUAUCCCAGAGAAAAUAUGCCUUGGACCUUCUCACAGAGACCGGGAUGCUUAAUGCAGCACCUGUCAGCACUCCAAUGAAUUUCUCCACCAAAAUAUCCUCUGAAGGUGAUCCUCUUGAAGAUCCCGCUGCGUUUAGACGCUUGAUUGGAAGACUCAUUUACCUCACCAACACUCGCCCGGAUAUAACCUAUGUUGUACAUCGUUUAAGCCAAUACGUCGCUGCCCCCACUAAAAUCCAUCAUCAAGCAGCCUUCAGAAUCCCGCGUUAUAUAAAGCAAACUCCUGGUCAAGGUAUACUUCUAACUGCCACUAACAAUCUUUCUUUGAAAGCUUAUAGUGAUUCAGACUGGGCUGGAUGCUCUGAUUCCCGCAAAUCAACCACUGGAUACAUUGUCUACCUGGGAAACUCACCAAUUUCAUGGAAAUCCAAAAAGCAAUCCACAGUCUCACGUAGCUCUUCGGAAGCAGAGUAUCGCGCUCUUGCUCAAACUGUCUGUGAACUUCAAUGGCUCACCAAUCUUAUGAAGGAUCUUCGCCUCCCACUCUCCCAGCCUGCCACCCUCUACUGUGAUAACAUGUCUGCCAUUAAAAUUGCUACCAACCAAGUUUUCCAUGAACGUACGAAGCAUAUCGAAAUUGACUGCCAUCUCAUUCGACAAAAGGUUCAAGAAGGCAUUGUCAAGCUCCUUCCUAUACACACUACACUUCAACUUGCUGAUAUCCUGACCAAGCCUCUCCCUCCUUCCACCUUUCACAACAUCAACUCCAAGCUUGGCACCAUCAACAUCUAUGCCAAGCUUGAGGGGGGCUGUCAGAGUACAAUAAAUGUGUAA